AUGACGAACGACGGUCACAAGCAGAAGUCCACGCGCAUGGCGUCGCCGGACGCGCUCGCGCUUCCGCACGUCAUCGAGACGAUUGCCACGUGCUUGAGCAACCAAGAGGACUUUACGAGCUUUCUGCAUGCGGUACCGCGCUCGCUCUGGACGCCGGCGCUCACGGCCUUUCUCGACUGCAGCUCGACAACGUCGCCUUCGGUCAUCGCCAACUGGCCGCGCAUUGAGCUGCGUACCAUGGACUUGCCGCCUUUGCUCUUGGCGCUGCUCGCGGCGACGCUGCCGCUGCGUCCACGCAUCGAACUUCAGUUUGCGGUCCGGGACGCGGCGUCACUGGCUUCGCUCGUCGCCGUCGUCGGCCCUGCGCUCAACAUUGUCACGCUCCAGUUCCACCGCGGCUGCAUGGUCCGUGGUGGAGGCCGAAUGAUCAGCAGUCUAUUCUUGCAGCGCUGCCCACGUCUGCGCCACGUGGCUAUCGCGGUCGAUCCAUAUACGGAGAACGAGGCCGUCGAGGUCAACGAUCUGCUUACAGUCGUCGCCCACCCGCAUGUCCACGAGUCGUCUCUCAGCCUUUUCAACCUGCAGCGCGCGACCACUGUACCGCGACUCGGCCAUCUCUUGGCUUCUUGGCUCUCGACGGCGCCAGCGACGAAGCUCCGAUUGGCCAAUGUCGCGCAGAUGGACCACGAUGGGGUCAUUGCGUUCUGCAAGGCGCUGCAAGCCAACACUACCCUCCAAGAGCUGGCCAUCAGCCACGUCCGCAGCCUGGGUGGCUUCCAUGGCCGCACGCUCCCAGUGUCGUUGAAGACCUUGACUUGGAAUGUGCGCCUAAAUGGCGCUGUCGACGAUGCAACGAUGACGGACCUUGCGACCGCCGUCGGCCGCACGCAGCUCGAGCGUCUCGAGUGCAGCGUCUUUGGCCAGCUGGCGACAUGCCCGGCCUCGGCGUCAAUGCUAUCGCAACUCCAGUGCCUCAGCGUCUCCUGGUCGCACGCUGACCACAUGCCGGCAAUGAUCGCGGGCUUGUCGUCGGUCCCGGCGCUGACGUCUCUGACGGCUCGCCAUUGCAGCCUCUCGACCUCGAUGGAGCUGUUCAUGAGGACGCUUGCGACGACGUGUGUGCAUCUCGAGUCGCUGUCUGUCGGCGAUAAGGAUCUGACUCGCGAUGGGGCUAUCGCUGUUCUGUCUGGCGUGCUGCAAUUGCCACACUUGACGACGCUGAGCCUCUGGAUGCCUCCGCGGUGUGCGUUGCAUGUGCUUCCAGAGCUCAUUGCUGCGGGCCGCCAUCUUCGCCGCCUCUCCUUGAUGGCCAUCGGGCGCGACAACUACAAAAUGGAAAAACGCGCGAUCUACCUAGCGCUGGCACUGACCCACGACGUCCCAUUUGUGGUCGACACGCUGCCAAAAGACAUGGACAAGUUCGUGGUCGACGCGCUCAGCCCACGCGCCGAUCGUUGCCACAAGUGCGACUUGGAUUUCUAAUUGCUACGGAUGGCAACAAAGAUAUCUUCGUUUGGCUCAACGUACGUACAGUAUCCAGCAGUAUCGCUACUUGGAUUGGCA